AUCACGUUCAGCGAAUCUGUCUGGUUUCGCAGUUGUGUUGUAGGCAGAAGGCCAAGAGGGAUCGCUGACAGUUGUGAUGUCUCGUAAGAUUUCCUUUCCUCUGCACUAGCUGAAGACGUGUAAAGGUGAAGCUACUAUAUACUUGGCUGGAUGACACAUUCAGAUGUCACUGAGUAACGCUGACGUGCUCUCGUCAUUUGGCAUGUAGGAAACGAGGAAAAGAAACCUUACGCAGGGUGUUAGUCAGCUGGCGUGACCAAGGUCGAUCACGAGGGGAAAAGAAAAUUUUGUUACUGCGAUCGAAAGCUGCGACACUGCGAUGCGAACCUGUCAAGUCACGGCCUGAGACACAAACACGCACACACACAAACACGCACCGUCGGCGAUAGUCGGGGCGUGGCGCAGAUCGCGAUGGGCACUCACGAGGCGGCCGUCGCCUACAGGAACGACACGGAGCACAACGCCGUGCACGUGACCAUCCACGACAGCCCGUCGAAGAAGCGCAAGAAAGGCGCGACGCUGCUGAAGCCGAGCGCGGCGAAGAAGUCCAGCUGGCUGCCGAUCCUGUUCGACCGCGCGUCCGGCAGCUGGUGGAACCCCAAGUUCGACUCGAAGAUCCUCGAGUCGCAGCACUGGAACAGCGCCUUCCCGCAGGCGAAGCGGCGCUUCCGCUAUGCGCUCUUCUACAUCAUCCUGUCGGCGGUCGCGUGGUGCGUCUACUUCGGCGUCACGUCGGACCACGAGCGCGACACGCAGUGGAUCGGCAUCGUCAUCGGCUCGUCGCUGCUCGCCUUCAUCACCGUCGGCGUGCUCGUGUUCACGUACACGCGCUACUACCGCCGCUACUACCUGUACACGUCCGUGUGCGUCGUGCUGCUGCUGUGCGCGCUCUCGCUCGGCAUCCGCGUGCCCGGCGACCGCCCCAACAUCAUCUCGUCCGUCGGCGGCUUCACGAUCAUGCUCGAGAUCCUGCUGCUGAUGUACACGGUGUUCCCGAUGCCGCUGCACUUCUGCACGCUCAUCGGGGUGUUCUACUCGUGCCUCUCCGAGGCGAUGUCCGUCUACGUGUUCGCCGACUACUCGGCCGACGUCGUCGUCUGCACCGUGCUGCUGCACCUCUGCAUCCACAUCAUCGGCAUCCACAUCUUCAUCAUGUCGCAGGUGCGCACGCGCUCGACCUUCUGGAAGGUGUGCCAGUCGAUCGUGUCGCGGCGCGAGCUCGAGAUCGAGCGCCAGCUCAAGGAGAAGAUGAUCCACUCGGUGAUGCCGCCGAAGGUCGCCGACGACCUCAUGAAGUCGUCCGGCGAUGAUAUCAUCCUCGAGGUCGGCAAGCGGCGUCCGUCGUCACCGCGCAACAACAAGGUGUCGAAGGCGCCGUCGAAGCCGCAGCUCGUCUUCCGGCCGUUCAACAUGCACCGCAUGGAGGACGUUAGCAUCCUGUUCGCCGACAUCGUCGGCUUCACGAAGAUGAGCUCGAACAAGAUGGCGGAGACGCUCGUCGGCCUGCUCAACGACCUGUUCGGCCGCUUCGACAAGCUGUGCGAGGCGUGCGGCUGCGAGAAGAUCUCGACGCUCGGCGACUGCUACUACUGCGUCGCCGGCUGCCCGGAGCCGAUCGACGACCACGCAAAGUGCGCCGUCGAGAUGGGCCUCGCGAUGAUCAAGGCCAUCAAGCAGUUCGAUGAGGACAACAACGAGGAGGUGAACAUGCGCGUCGGUGUGCACACGGGCACGGUGCUGUGUGGCAUCGUCGGCACGCGCCGGUUCAAGUUCGACGUCUGGUCGAACGACGUCACGUUCGCGAACAUGAUGGAGUCGUCGGGCAAGCCGGGCCGCGUGCACAUAUCCGAGGUCACCUACAAGUACCUGGACAACAUGUAUGAAGUGGAGGCCGGCGAGACGCAAGACGGUGAGUUCCGUUAG